GGAUGCCCCAAGUGUCAAGUUAUGUCAAAAGUACGACUUAAGAAUUUUUCUGUCGCAUGUUUUACACAUAGUUUCAAUUACCCGUAUUAUUAUACUACUCUUUGGUUUUAAUCAAACGUUACUAGUGUAGUUAGUACACAUAAAACACUAACUUGUUGUUUAAAAUUUAUAUGGUACACUCUUUAGCUUAUAUGGUUAUAGAUUGAACUCUAUAAUAUACCCUCUGUGAUAUAAAUGGCGUUUAGAAAAUAACCUCAAAAUAACGUGUAAAUGUUGCACGUUAUUCCUUGUAUUUAAUUGACCAAUUGUCUAUUUCAAUUAAUACAAUGACGGACAAAAUAAAAGUCAAUAACAAAUUUGAUCUGGAUGGGAGCUAUGAGAUGUCAGAUUCAGAAAAUGAAUACACGGAGAAGGAAAAGUCAAUUAUAAAAAGUUUACAUAAAGAAAAAGAUGGAGAUUCCAGUAGUGAAGAAGAAGUAUAUAGGUUUUCAGAAUCCGAAAAUGAAACAGAUAAUAAUGAUCUUGAAAUGGCAGAUAGUGAUGUUGAGGGUCAAGAGAAAUCAGAUGAUGACUUACCAGAUUCUAAGGCAUGGGGUAAGCAGAAAAGAUCAUAUUAUUCUACUGAUUAUGUAGAUGAAGAUUAUGGAGGUUUUGGAGAUGAUGAAGAGGCAGCUCUCAUGGAAGAAGAAGAGGCGAAAAAUAUCCAGAAAAGGCUAAUAGAACAGUUAGAGGAAGAUGAUUUUAAACUAGAUUUUAUUUCACCUUUGCAGCCAACAAUAGAUGAGAGCAAAGAAACUCUUAUCAAAAGUGAUUUAAGCCAAAUGUCUAAGAGGCAGAAAUUGCAAAUACUUGAAAAAGAAAGUCCAGAAUUUGCUGGUCUUAUUGAAGAUUUCAAAUCUAAAUUAACAGUUGCAAAAGAUGACCUGCAACCAGUGAUCAAACUCAUAAAAGGAGGCAGAUUACCAGAAUGUACUGCCUCUAAAUUUGUUAAAACUAAUUAUGAUCUUAUUUUAAAUUACUGCACGAAUAUUAGUUUUUAUAUUUUACUCAAAAGUCAAAGAAUCAGCAUACAAAAUCAUCCAGUUAUAAAACGUCUAUAUCAGUAUAGGCAAAUGCUAAACAAAAUGGAACCUAUCUACUGUGAAGUAAUAAAACCUCAAAUAGAAAAUAUAUUAAAUGCUGUUCAAAAUAAAAUCAAGUUGCAGAUUGUAAGGGCAAAUAACAAUAAACGUAAAUCAAGUAAGGGAUCACCUGAACAGCCAAAUAAGAAAUUGAAAUUAAUUAAUGCUCUUCAAAAAGAUGAAGGUGAAGAUACAGGAGUCUCAGAUGAAGAUAGUGAAAUUGAUGGUAAUGAUUACUUCAAACCUGGAGAUGUUGAGAACAAUAAAGCUAAUGAAUCUGAUGAAAGUGGAUUCUCAGACAAUGAGGAAGGAGGAACAGAAGAUAUCCAACUGCCUCCAUCUCAGAAUGAAAAUAUUGUAGAUGAGUUGAGUGAAAAGCGUCAAAUAACAUAUCAAAUUGCCAAAAAUAAAGGAUUGACACCACACAGAAAGAAGGAGCAAAGAAAUCCCCGAGUUAAACAUAAACUUAAGUAUAGAAAGGCUAAGAUAAGGAGGAAGGGUGCCAUAAGAGAACCAAAAACUGAGGUUACAAGGUAUGCUGGAGAAGCUUCAGGUAUUAAAACAAAUGUUAAAAAGAGUAUUAAAAUUAAGUAAACCAUUUAUUAUUAAAUGUACUGUUUUUACAAUAAAACAUGUUCAUCAUAUGAUUUGUGUAGUUUUUUCUUUGCUUCAAUGUUGCCACCUGUAACAAUUAAUAUUAUUAAAAAAAAUAUAAAGUUGUUAUUGCAUAAAUUUAUGGGCCUAUAUGAACAAGAAUAAUAAAGAUAAUAUAACGAUAAUGA